CACACACACACACACACACACACAGAGCCAAGAAACCACAGGGCCCAUCGGUUUGUCGUCAUCAAGCAGACGAGAACAGUGCAGAAAACUCUAGGCAGAGAGGAAAUGAACUUGAGAGAAGGGGGAACACACAGCAGGGAGGAGAAAAAGAGGGCUGGAGUGGAAGGAGAGAGCUGAAGGGCUGGGGUGCCGGCACAGUGGGAGGAUGGAAGAAGUGGCAGUGAAACAGGGCUUCUUACACCUGCUGCAGCAGCAGACUUUUGGAAAGAAAUGGCGCCGGUUUGGGGCUGUGCUGUAUGGAGAGUCAGACUGCGCCUUGGCCCGGCUGGAGCUCCAGGAGGGCCCAGAGAAGCCGCGCCGGGGAGAGGCUGCCAGGAGGGUGAUCCGCCUCAGUGACUGCCUACGGGUGGCUGAGGCCGGCGGGGAGGCCAGCAGCCCCCGGGACACCAGCGCCUUCUUCCUGGAGACCAAGGAGCGCCUGUACCUGCUGGCAGCCCCUGCCGCAGAGCGCAGUGACUGGAUCCAGGCCAUCUGCCUCUUGGCCUUCCCUGGCCAGAGGAAGGAGCUGCUGGGGCCUGGGGGGAAGGGCAGCCGGCCCUGCAUGGAGGAGAAUGAACUGUACAGCAGCACGACUGCAGUAGCGCCCUGCAAGGAGUUUGCUGUGACCAUGAGACCCACAGAAGCCAGUGAGAGGUGCCGGCUCCGGGGAUCCUAUACCCUCCGGGCUGGGGAGACUGCCCUGGAGUUGUGGAGUGGCCCUGAGCUGGGCACCCAGCUGUUUGAGUGGCCCUACAGGUUUCUGAGGCGCUUUGGGCGGGACAAGGUAACCUUUUCCUUCGAGGCAGGCCGGCGCUGCAUCUCUGGAGAGGGCAACUUUGAGUUCGAAACGCGGCAAGGCAACGAGAUCUUCUUGGCCCUGGAAGAAGCCAUUUCUGCCCAGAAGAACAGCGCCCCUCCUGGGCCCCAAACCCAGCUAGCCACAGUCCCUGCGGUGCUGCCCCGGCCAGAAAGCCCCUACUCCCGGCCCCACGACUCACUGCCACCUCCGUCGCCCUCCACUCCAGUGCCCACCGCCCGGCCACGGGGCCCAGAGGGGGAGUAUGCAGUGCCCUUCGAUGCAGUGGCCCGUAACCUGGGGAAGAGCUUGAGGGGCAUCCUGGCGGUCCCUCCCCAGCCCCCCACGGACCCUCUGUAUGACAGCAUUGAGGAGCACCCACCCCCGCGACCUGACCACAUAUAUGAUGAGCCUGAGGGAGUGGCUGUCCUGUCCCUGUAUGACAGCCCACUGGAGCCCCAGGGUGAGGCCUGGAGGAGGCAGGCCACAGCUGACAGGGACCCUGGCAGCCUCCAGCACGUCUACCCAGCAGGGCAGGAUUUCUCUGCCUCUGGCUGGCCACAGGGAACUGAGUAUGACAAUGUCAUUCUUAAGAAAGGCCCAAAGUGAUGGGGGUGGAGAAGGCGUAGACCUUAUCAAAUACGGGUGCUGAAGCCUGUGGGUGCUGAAGCCUGCCUGUCCGCCUGGGGGUGGGGUCAGAGGUCCGUGAGAAGGAGCGGGAGGGUGGCAGCAGGCCUUCCUUCUAGUUUCUGCUGGUUACUCCUCCUGGCUGCUGCAUUCCAGGAACUUCCCUCUGCUCCUUCCGGAACCCUGGGCUUGGCCUACCUUAGUCUGGUCUGAGGAAUUGUCCCUCCCAGGGCCUGCUGCAUGAGUCACCAUCCCCAUGCAGGAAGAGUGCCUGAAAGCGAUGCACCCUCCUCCUACCCCUUUCCACUUCCUCUUCUUUCUUUCCCCGGCCUAAAGGAACCUUGGGCAUUUAGGGCAGAGGACAAAAGGAUGUCAGCAAAUUGCCCUGGUUCCUUGGCUUGUGCGGGCCUCCUGCCUGCUGGGGAUAGCCCUGGCUCCAGGCACCCUGGAGGAUGGCUGUCGCUUUCUGUAGAUUUUGGACUUCUC